AUGACAGGUGAAGGAAGCCCAGAGAUUCCUCAGGGCAUUGAAGCUGUUCUGUGUGAUAUAAUGGUUCAAGGAACCAUCUUUCCYGCUCCCAAUUUCAAUCCCAUAAUGGAUGCCCAAAUGCUAGGGGGAGCACUCCAAGGAUUUGACUGUGACAAAGACCUGCUGAUUGACAUUCUCACGAAACGCUGCAAUGCGCAGAGGCUGAUGAUUGCAGAGGCAUACCAGAGCAUGUACGGCCGGAACCUGGUUGAGGACCUAAAGGAGCAGCUUUCAUCGCAUUUCAAAGAGGUUAUGGUUGGCCUCAUGUACCCUCCACCAUCUUUUGAUGCUCAUGAACUGUGGCAUGCCAUGAAGGGAGCCGGCACUGAUGAGAAUUGCCUCAUUGAUAUAUUGGCGUCAAGAACAAAUGGGGAAAUUUUCCAGAUGCGAGAAGCUUAUUGUUUACGUAAGAAAAUUUCAGGAACCAGGGAGGAGGGAUACACAAACCCUGCUAUGGCUGCUCAGGAUGCAAUGGUCCUGUGGGAAGCGUGUCAGCAGAAAACUGGAGAACAUAAAACCAUGCUACAGGUGAUCCUGUGCAACAAGAGCUACCAGCAGCUGUGGCUGGUUUUCCAGGAAUUUCAAAAUAUUUCUGGGCAAGAUGUGGUAGAUGCCAUUAAUGAUUGCUAUGAUGGAUACUUUAAGGAGCUGUUGGUGGCAAUUGUUCUCUGCGUUCGAGACAAACCAGCCUAUUUUGCUUAUAGAUUAUAUAGUGCAAUACAUGACUUUGGUUUUCAUAAUAAAACAGUAAUCCGGAUACUAAUUGCCAGAAGUGAAAUAGACCUGCUGACCAUAAGGAAAUGCUACAAAGAGAGAUAUGGAAAAUCCCUAUUUCAUGAUAUCAAAAAAGCAAAGAAACCAUGA